AUGUGGCCUCUCGAUGGACCUGAGCCUGACCAGGCGAACAAGAGUACUCCAGCGUCCCCAGAUUUAUCCUCAAAAUGGGGGCCACUUACUAUUGCUUGCAUGGAUCAAAAGGCUAUGUAUGAUGAACUUGAAGGGCUACGUGAGCAAAUCAAAAGUACCAGAGAAACGGCAGAGAAAAUUCACAGGGGUCGGCUUCUUGCAGAGGAGCAGGCUCGUCAACUAGGAGAGCUGCUCGAAAAGGCUGCUCGAGAGUCAAAAGAAGCUAGAAAAGAGAACCGGAUCCUCCUGACCAAAAUAGCAAGCCUGCAAGCUCAAACCGAGACUUUCUCCGAUGAAGAAGCCAAACAAGAGAUGUCUCUGCUGUAUCAUGAUCUUGAACACUGGAAGUUUACUCAUUUUGGUGCAAAGUCAACAUCUCACCAAACGAGCGAUCCCAUAGCAAGAUCAGACAGGCUUGAUAUCUCGACAUUGGAUAUUAUCCAGUCGGACAUAGCCGGGCUAAUUUAUCGGUCGUUUUGGAACCGAUUUAUGGUUGGAGCCGAUCACCUUUGGAGUAAUUAUCUCCGCAAGGUCGACUUGGAAAUAAAUCAACAGUUUUCCAACCAUAUUUCCCGACAUUGGCGAUGUGCGAUGAGCACUGCUAUUCUAUCAUUGGAAUCUCCUAGUUUACAAGAAUCAUGCAAUUGGAUCAUCGAGAAGGUAGAAGCCUGCUUUGGUCGCUACGCUGUUACUGACAAAUCUAAACGAAUGCAACAGCUACACGACAUCAUUGCGCGCUGUGUCAAAUUCAAACAUAAAUUGGAUUGCCAACAAGACAAAUACAUGUUCUGGAGUAGUCACCAAUACGGGUUGCCGUUCCGGAAAGAGAGAAUGCGCGCGCUCACAGAGGAGGAUACCUCGGAUGGAUUCGUUCAGGCUAGCCUGUGGCCUGGUUUAUACAAGGUCGUUCGAAAAGGCGAAUGGUCUAUAGUUGAGAAGGAGAUUGUGAAAAAGAUCCUCCCGGUUGCUCUUUCCGCUGACAGGAUCGAUGAAACGGAAUCUCAUCAAGACGACGCAGACUCGGAUGAGAUUUAG